UCUCUAAUCACAUUCAACCAAAACCCCCCUCAUUUAUACACUCCUGUCGCAAAACCCGGUUCAGGAAUCCGGUUCGGAUCGCCGUUUGCUUUUCCUCUUCUUCUGCUCCGUCGCCGACCAAUUGACCGACCUGGACGUCGUCGCGCCGAUGACGUCGGGCACCAGGCUGCCGACAUGGAAGGAGCGGGAGAACAACAAGCGGAGGGAGCGGCGCCGCCGCGCGAUCGCCGCGAAGAUCUUCUCUGGACUCAGGAUGUACGGAAACUACAAGCUCCCGAAGCACUGCGACAACAACGAGGUGUUGAAAGCUCUGUGCAAUGAGGCUGGAUGGGUCGUCGAAGAAGAUGGCACCACUUACAGACAGGUCAGACGGUGUGCGCUGUCGAGGUCGAGAGCAUGUGACGGUCUUACUCUUACUGUGUGUACAAUACAAGUUCACGGCGUCUGAGUUUGAUGCUUUACUGCACCGCACGGCGUACGAAGCACGAUUAGAUCGUUUGAGGGGAUGCAAGCCUGUGGAACGUAUGGAUAUCAUGGGUUCAGCUGCAGUAAGUCCUUGCUCGUCAUAUCAACCUAGCCCAGGAGCCUCUUUCAACCCAAGUCCUGCAUCAUCUUCUUUUGCUAGUCCUUCCCAUUAUGGUGCUAAUGCCAACAAUCCGACGGAUCCCAAUUCCCUUAUUCCCUGGCUGAAGAACCUAUCAUCUGGCUCUUUGCCAGCUUCUAAGCUUCCCCAUAAUCUUUACAUCCCAGGAGGUUCUAUUAGUGCUCCAGUCACACCGCCUCUGAGUUCACCGACUGCACGCACUCCUAGAAUGAAUGGCAACUGGGAUGACCCGACAGCUGGUUCGGCGUGGUGUGGGCAAAACUUCCCAUUUUUACCCUCUUCUACUCCUCAGAGUCCCGGUCUGCAAACUCCACCUGAAUCAGGAUGGCUUUCUGGGGUUCACACUCCUCAAGAUGGGCCCUCUUCUCCGACAUUCAGCCUCGUCUCCGCAAAUCCAUUUGGUUUCAAGGAACCAUUUUCAAAUGGAGGGUCUCGAAUGUGGACCCCGGGGCAAAGUGGGACUUGCUCUCCGGCCAUUAGAGCCGGAGUCGACCAAACAGCUGAUAUUCCAAUGUCGGAUGCAAUUUCAGCAGAGUUUGCAUUUGGUAGCAAUCACAUGGGAUUAGUGAAACCAUGGGAAGGUGAGAGAAUACAUGAUGAGUGUGUUCCUGAUGACCUCGAGCUUACUCUUGGGAAUUCUACCACCAGGUGAAGUGGUGGUAGAAGAAAGGUCUAAAUCUCUGCUGCUGCACAUUAUUGUACUACUAAUUAGAGCUGAUCUUACUGGUAAUCCAGAUGAACCAGGGAAACCGAAAUACACAGCAGGAUCGGAAAUUAUUUAUUUUUUAUCUUUUUUUUUUUUUUUACAGUUUUCUUCUUUCUUAUUUUAUUGUGGCCUUGGAGGAUACAAAAGGUUGGACUAUAAAUAGCUCAUGUAGUUUGGCUCUGCAAUUUUUUAGCAGAUGUUUCUCAUCCUCACACAUUAUUAGCCUGCAUAUUCUUUCGAUUCUUUUUCCCUCAACAGUGAUCGUCCUCUUCUGUGUGUUCUGUGAUUUUCUUUUUAAUUUUUUUUUUGUAAUUGGUCUGUACUUUGGACGUCAAAAGAUCACAAUCGCUUUUGCA